UGACAGACGGCUGUUCUAGUACUUUUGGACAAUGAAAACUACUUAAUUUUAAUGGCUGGAUUCGCUGGUGAUUCUGUGAAAAGUGCUUUUGUACGAACGAAUUACUUAAUAUAAUUAUUUGCUAUUUCAUUUCAUUACAUUAGAUGAGUUACUAUAGUGCCGAUUUGUUAUUACAGUCAAGAGUGUUGUGUUUUUAUGCAAGGAAACCCACUACGAACGUCACGUUGUUUUUGAGAAGCAGCACAUCUACCAACAAGACUGAACAGUGUCUUAUUACAGAAGAGAGAUAGACCGAGCUAAACCAGGCGUUGAAAAGGGACGACAACACGUUCCUACUUGCGCCUUCGUAAAUUACAUUGAUGGAAAUAUUUGUCAGCGUCAAUUGGAUGAUACUGAGAAAGAUAACUUGUACGAAACGCAAGGGCUACUGAGAGUGGCCGAUUUUGUGCAGUUUCCGGCCGUCACGGUGAAUGGAGCCAUAGCAUCACGCCCAAGGGUAGACACGCAGCGUGCGACUCGGAGACCUCAUGGAGAUCUACACCUGCCAACCAACGUAUCUGAUAGGCAGCCGGUUCACCAGCAAGCAGACAUUGGGCCUGUGCCCUCGCAUACAGUACCAUCUCAGUAGAUCCAGCAGCAACAUGCUCUUACGCAUCGAGAACGAACUAUUGCAGAGCCAUCGACAAAGAGAAACCACUGGAAUAAAGAAGUUGUACAACUCAUUCUUUGUCCUCUUCUAACCUGCUUUUGAAGAGGUCGCUUCAUCAUUCAUCUCGCUCAUUCAUUUCAUUCAGUGUCGUGUUUGGGGGCGGUGCCCCUGUGAUGGAGUCCAGACAAGAGUUAAGCAUGCAUGACCCACGUAAAGAGGACUAUUCUUGGGAGUCUACAGUGCGAUUGACUAUGGUGGGGAGGGAGGAGGAAAUGGGGAUGUAUAUGGAAGAGAGGGAGGGCAAGAAGAGGAAGUGGCAAGAGGGGAAGAUGAUGCGCAGGGAAGAUUGUGAGGAGAAAGAGCAGAGGAAGAUGCCGCCGAAGAAGAUUAUGGCAGCAUUGGGUGACAUAGCUGGUAGUGGCACAAGUUCCUCCUCAUCGCAUAUGUCCCCAGGAUGGCAGGUCAACGACCUGGAUCUGGACUUGACCGGAGAGCUGAGCAUGAACGAUGCAUUGCUGUCGCUGCCGUCCCUGGCUGUGUUCAAGCAGGAGGCUCCGUCUCCCACUGGCGCGGUGCUGUCGCCACACAGACGCGCCUGGCCGCGCCGCAUCGACGAACGUCAGGUGACAAGCAUGGUGGUGGACUCCAGGGAACCGAUGGACGAGAGUGGAUGCCACCAGUCUCCGCAGCAUAACGGCAAUAUGAUGCCACAACAUGCUAGCCCUGAGAAUAUGCAAUGUCAGCCGAUGUCGGGGGGUGCUCUUAUGCCAACCAAUGGAUACCACUCGCCUACUCCACAGGAGACGAAGAACGCUGGUUUGUUGAUGUGCUCGCCAACUAGUUCAUUAGACGGGUUCCUGCAUUCACCAGCUCCGAGACCUGAGCCAAGCUUCAAGGAUGACACCAGAUUCCAAUACGUGUUAGCAGCGGCCACUUCAAUAGCCACAAAACAGAACGAAGAGACACUCACUUAUCUGAACCAGGGACAGCCAUACGAGAUUAAAUUAAAGAAGCUGGGCGACUUGUCGCAUUAUAAAGGGAAGCUUUUAAAGAGUGUGAUCAAGAUUUGCUUCCACGAGCGUCGACUUCAAUAUAUGGAGCGGGAACAAAUAGCUCAGUGGCACGCGGAGAGGCCCGGCGACAGGAUCAUAGAGUUGGAUGUCCCGUUGUCUUACGGUGUCACGAGAGUGGAGCAGCCUUCGUCUUUAAACGCAUUGAAUGUCUACUGGGACCCAACUAAAGAUGUCGGCGUUUAUAUCAAGGUGAACUGCAUAUCCACGGAGUUUACGGCCAAGAAGCAUGGCGGGGAGAAAGGUGUCCCUUUCCGCAUACAAGUGGAGACGUAUCUCGCUACCGAAGAGGAUAACAGGCUUCACGCUGCUGCUUGCCAGAUUAAGGUUUUCAAGCUGAAAGGUGCUGACCGGAAACACAAGCAGGAUCGUGAGAAGGUUAUGAGGAGACCAAGACCUCAUCUGGACCAUUACCAGCCUGGAUGUGAUGCUACUGUGCUUACUACGCUGUCCAAUGACGCGCUGAUGCCACCACCAUCACUGGUAGCCGCUUCGCCACCGUAUUCGCCGCAAUUAUGUGUCGCUCCGAAGACCGACAGCAGUCCAGUUGUGGUCCACAAACCAAUUCUGCCACAACCUGCUCUUCUCACAUCCACCAAUCAGAUGAAGCCACUUUACUGUCCAGAUGCACCGGAUAUGAAAGUAAACUCGCCGCCGUGCCAUUCGCCCGGCGCCAUCUUGCCUGAUCUGCCACAACCUGCCGAAGAACCGGAUAAGAACUAUGGGUUGUCCAAAGAGGCGUGCGCAAGCGAAACGCAAGCGUGGCUCUCUCGUCACCGUUUCACUCAGCACGCGGCCACAUUCGCCAACUUCUCGGGUGCUGAUCUACUCAGAUUGUCUCGGGACGACAUAAUCCAGAUAUGCGGAUUGGCCGAUGGGAUACGUUUAUUCAACGCUUUGCAUUCAAAACGCAUAGAGCCCCGACUCACCAUAUAUGUUUGUCCGGCUACCAGUGACAUAUACAGCGUGCUAUAUCUACACGCUUGCCGUGCAAGAGAGUUGCUACAUAAGCUGCACAAGCUGCUGGACAACUGUGGAAAGGAUUGCGAAACAGUGCUGGUCUCCGGACCAAACGGUGCCAGGGUUCGUUUAACUGACGAACUGGUACGACAUCUACCGGACAAUUCUACUUACAGAUUAGAACGUAUAGAGGAAGCCAACGCUUUACUGUUGAGCGCUACUAGUAAUUGAAUGCGAAAUUGUCGUUAAAUCUACCUGAAAUUGUUAUUGAACCGACCUGAAAUUGUUUUUGAAACGACCUUAAAUUGUUGUGUAAUGACCUUAAAUUGUUAUGGAAAUGACCUGAAAUUGUUAUUGAAACGACCUGAAAUUGUUAUUGUAUUCAUCAGACAUUCAUAACAUUUCCCCCACCGGGAUUCCAACCCGGGAGACCUCACGAGUAGGCGACACCUUGAAACCCGGCGUAUACACCACUCGGCCCCGAAGGUCGUGAAUUAUCUGUUAAUUAUCCUCUUCUUUGAUUUGCUCUGACUAUAAAAAAAAUCGUAUCAUAGAAUGCGUGUCAGAUUUCGUAUUCUAAUACAAAAAAAAUGGAGAAAAUACUGAUGACUUGGCUUUAAGGAUUAAUGCAUCCUUUGCCUCCCCAGUAUGAGAUUCUUUGUUUUUCGGAAUGAAAAAAGAAAUGUUUUAAAAACCUGUUCUAGUCUUCCUUAUAUUAUGAAUAAUACUCAACUUUGAAGAAUUUAAUUGCAUCAUUCACAUUAUGUUGUAAACUUAAAUAUGUGAAAUACUGAUGUUUUUGAAUGACAAGGAAUUGACUUUUUAUAUGAUUUUUUUUUGACAUCCCGUCGUGUCUUUGGUCCUUAUCUUACUACGAACUCUCGACUCCAUAGCGACUGUUGAAAGUGAGUUUUUAUCGAGAUUGAAGUAUUAUUGGUAAUGAUCAUGGAAAAGAUUAUUGGAAAAAGGGAAAAUGGUGUUGAAAUUGACAUGAUUCUUCUAAACCUAAACUUAAAUUUGACAACAGUCUAACCUUGAAAUCAGAAAUCAAUAUAUCUUUAUUCAUAUUGGAUGUAUAGUACAACUAUUUUAAAUUGUCCCAAAAAAUUUUUCCCCUACCACUCCUUAGAUGAUUUAUCU